AACCUUGCAACAACUCUGAGGCAUCAGGACUUAGCGGUACCGGUCCUAACUCCUGCUCUCCCGGACUUCUCCCAGAAUAGGACACUGGGCUCCUCGGGGGAGGGACCAUGAGAACCAAUCGCUAUAUAACGCAUUGAGUCCGCCUCAUCUCUCUCCGCCCUCUCGCGAAUACCCGUAAGCCUGCCGACUAGCGUAUUUAAGUUAGUCAGGGCCUUGGCCACAGUGCGAGUCUGCUGCGGCCACACGAACCUAGCCGCAUUCACAUUGACACAAAGCCCCGGGGCGCUCGACUACGCAGUUGAUCCAUAAGUGUGAAGUGGCAUCGCUGUCCGACGCUUCACCUUUCAGCGCCCUGAAGGGUCGAGGCGAUAGCAGGCAGACAUGCCUCGACGACACCAGGUUCGCAUCGCAUGCCAGCGCUGCAGGAGAAAAAGAGCCAAGGUGAGCAUGAAGCGCCCUGGGACAUGCCCCUUUAUUCCCUCUUUGGCGAACACGGUCAUUUCCUGUGCCCCUGCGACGUCUCGUCGGAGCAUUGUCCGUGCUGCCCGCUCACGACGGUCCCGUUGAUCUCUCGCACCAGUCGCCCGUCACCCGACGCCCACGCAUCCCACAUUUGUGGCAAUGACUGUAGAGUGUGCUGAACCUUUCCGAUCCCGUUGUAGUGUGAUGGCGAGGACCCUUGCGAGAGGUGCAAGGAGGCAGGUGGUGAGUGUGUCUUCGACCACUCCCGACGGGAGUCCAAGGACGACCUUCGCGCCGAAAUCGAGCGGCUGCGGCGGACCAACGAGUGUAACGAUGCUCUUCUUGACGCGCUCUCCUCCAUGGACGACGCCGACACGUACCACAUGGUGGCACAGGGCCUCAUGGACGGCACCGUCACGCGUCAGUCCAUAUAUAACGACCUCCCCGACCAUAUGAGGGUCGCUGGAGCGCCCCUGUCCAUUCUAGACGGCAUUAUCUCACCGUCUCUCCGUCGAAAGUCGCAGACGACUUCGCCCGCCGAGGCCUCCAGCUCUGAUGUUUGGCCGGCGACGUGUCCGCACUGUCGCGGCGCUUUGCCAGCUGCGUCGGCCACAAGCGAUAGCGACGAAUUUUCCUGCCGGACGAGCGAGCGCCACCACUCGGCCGACGCCCUAUCCGAAAACAACUGCCUCGUAACGCCAGGCUCCAGUGCGGGCUCUGUUACCUCGCUGCCGUCCACGUCCGGGGACGAAAACCUCCGCAGCGCCGCCCCUUGGACCCGCACCGGGUGGUCGGUCGCGAAGGUCCGGGACCACCUCCAGUCGCUUCUUACGUGGGACUAUCUGCCCUUCUGCCUCCUCUGCAGAGACCCAUUUCUGCAGGACUUUGCCAGUGGAGAGGGGCGUUACUGCUCUCGGGCGCUCGUCAACUCGCUCCUCGCUCUGUCGAUGCGAAUCGUCGGUAAGCCUCACCAUCCUCAUUCACAGCGACACCAUCAGGAGAAGCAGGACCCUCUCGUCACUGUGGCCGAUGGCGGGUCUCCCUCGUCUGACUGGUCUGAUAGCCAGGCCCUGUUCGACGAGGCCGAGGCCCUGGUAAGCGGCCAGGGGCGGCCGGGCAGCCUCCCAGAUAUCCAAGCUCUCGGCAUGCUUGCCCUGUAUCAAGUCAGCUGUGGUCGUGAGGCCGAGGCGGGAGAGCUUGCCGAGACAUUUGCCGCAGCAAUGACGGAUCUAUGCCUUCAAGAACCGCUAUCUGCAGACAACCAUGACAGCCAGGACGCACUUGUGCGCGCGACGACAUACUGCGGUGCCGUCUCGCUCGUCCGGAUACUCAAACUCUUGACAGCACAACCUGCCGGGGUUCACGUCGCAGUAUUGCAGGACGACGGGGUCGCCCUUGACCAGCUGCCUUGCGUUUACGGGCCGAGCAACUCGGCCGUACAGUCUAUGGAAUGCAAUACACUGGCGGGCGAGCUCGCGUCCCAACUCAGCAGCCUGCAGCUUAUUCCAGCUAAGAUCUUCCAACUUACCGAAUGGGUAUAUAAGCUCCUCGCGUCGUCGUCGCGCGUGACCACGACCGAUGAGGUCGUGCUGACAUACCACCGGUGCCUCGAUUGGUAUGAGAGCUUCUUUGCGAUGCUCAAGACUGACGGGAGCAACUCUCCAUUUGUUCUUUUCAUCCACAUGUACUACCAAUUCUGCCUGCUCGCCCUCUUCAGACCCCACGUGAGCACGCCACUCGAAGGACUUAUUGCACAUCCGCGUGAGAUCUCUCUGCAAGCUGCGCAGUCGAUCCUUGCGCUCUCGCAGUCGUACGUCGGCGUGUUCGGCUUGCAGCGCGUGUCUCCCCUGGUGCCGUACUUUGUGUGCGCGGCGGGGCUGUUGAACCUUGCCGUCGAGGAGGCUGGGCACGGCAUGCUCGGGGCCGUACCCAUGCCCCUGCUGCAGGACCUCGGCGACAGGGUGGUGGUCAAGACGGCCGAGUCGCCGAAGGAUGCGAUCAAGAAGGAGUCUGACGACGAUGCGAUGGACGUGGAACCAAAACACAGGGGCAGACCGAGCGGCGAGCAACGCGACCGGCAGCUGCUGCGGCAAUCACACAUCAACAUGCCAGCGGUGGUGCACGCGCGACUGCUGCUCUCUGAGAUGAGCGCCGUGCACCCUGUGGCCGAGCUCGCGGAAGGGAUGUUUCACAGGGCACCCGACAGGAACUAGACCG